CCCUUGAAAACAGCAGAGGAAGGAAGGGAGAGAGACACGCGCCGCCCCUCCAAAACCCCCAAUCUUGUCGCCAUUUCCUCCUCUCCCCCAGCCUCCAUCGCCACCCUUGCCGCGCGCCGCCCUCCUCUUGGUGGCUGGAGGAGGAGGAGGAGGAGGAUGCAGGCCACGGGGAGCGGUUCUUGGGUCGCGCAGGCGUCCGUGCUCGGCUGCGGCGGGGGCGGAGGAGGGGUGGUGGUGGUGCGGCGGCCGUCGUGGGAUGGCGGUGCGGCGGUCGGUGGUAGGGCGAAGGGGUUCGGGGUGGUGCGGUGCUGCGUGCAGGAGAAGAAGCCGCGGGUGAGGAAGACCAAGGAGGAGAGGCGGGAGAUGGUCGAGUCCUUCGUCAACACUUACCGGGUUUCAAAUGAUGGGAAAUUCCCUUCAGUCAAUCUCACGCAUAAGGAAGUCGGAGGGUCAUAUUACAUAGUUCGUGAAAUCGUGAGAGAUAUCAUCCAAGAGAACAGGGUUCUGGGCCCUGGCGGCUUGAAUGCCACGGCACUGAGUUUUGAAGACUGCCCUGAUUCUGUGGAGUCACCUGUUACGCAUGAACUGGGCCAAGACAGUGUCGAGAUAUUAGAUAUGUCUGAUGACAACCAAGCUGGCAUGGAUACUGUGACAGACAUGAGCACCCAGCAACUACUGGGGUCAUCUAAUCUAUUGGAUGCUGGUAUUCUGAAUGGUGCACUCCAAAAUGGGAACAUAGCAGAUAUGGCAUGCUUAGAGACAAACAGCGAGAAACAAGAUGAAGUUCCAUGUGCGCAAUCAGCAGAAAUUGACCCCAGUAGUUCUGAAAAGCUACCUCCUUCCUUCUCUCAUGCCCCUGAUUCAGAAAGUGAAUUUGAGAUGGACAGUCGGGUGGUUGCUCAUGAGACAACCAGCAGUCUCACUAAUGGAGUUAUUUCCUCAGGACCCAGUGCUGUUAUUACAAAUGAGUCGCUUUUACAAGAUCAUGAUGACACAACUGAUAAUGCUGUUGAUGAAGCUGUUCUUUGCUUACAGACUAAUGGAAGUUCUCAAGCAAAUGAGACCAUUUUGCAGGAACAUGAGACACGACCUGAAAGUGUCAUGAGCAAUGAUGUUCAAACCAUUGACAGUCAGUCCAAUUCUAGAGUGGAUACUUUCAACUCAAAUACAAGUGAAGACACAACCAAGUCUAUUGAAGUGUCUGAAGUACAGAGGUUGCAUCCUGAUGAGGAAGAAAAGGCAGAAAAUCUUGUUUCUCAUGCAGAACUGGAUACAAAGGUGUUCUCACACGUUGAAGGCAAGAAUGGCAUGGUGGAGGAAGAUAACAGUGAACUCAAGCAAUCUAUAUCUAUCAUAACAAUGGAAGAGCAUGAUAGCAAGCCUGAACAUGGAGACAGCACCACAACUGCCAUCAGCAGGCAUGCACUUUGCCUUCUAACUUUGCGUUGCAUGCUUACUGUUUAUAAUUUUCUUCAUGCGUCGCAAAACACCACAGCAUAUUUGGAAAACUGGGAAGGUGCAGCCGAAGAAAGAGACCAACCUGUUUUGGCUAAUCAUUAGGGCAUUUGUUGUUUCCAUGUCCAAGAUGUGGGCAAAAUGAGAGGAUGUGCAAAAGACACUUUCAUCUGGCACUGCAGCCUGGGAUGCCCUCUGCCUACUGGCAAAUGUGAAGCUCCAUUUUGACGCGAUGCAUAUACAUAUUUGUUUUCUGUGCCGCACGUUAGGUUGGUUGGUAGGCUUCAGGAGUUUAUUUAGGUUCUAGCUUGUAGGAGUAGCAUUUGGUGAACUUUCUCAGCCUUUUCAACUCUAAAAUCUAUUAGCUGUAAUUGCACUAUUUUUGUAGAAGGGGUGAGGUAUGUGCUUCUCUUAUAUAUGAAAGUAUGAAACAGUAGUAUCCACAGAUUCUCCUCUGAAUGAGGAUUACCGGCCUGGUGGCCUUGCGUUCUGGUGAAA